AUGCCCUUUCUAUAUCGGUUUGGAUGCUCACUCUCCGGUACCACUAUGGAUAUUGUAUUUGUCUAUGCAAGGCUUGGUUCGGGCCCAGGAAGUGUAUACGGACUUUCCGCGUGCCCUAUGGACCCCUCUGGCCAGUGCAUCACUGAAAUGUAUGAGGAAGUCACAUGGGUCCCACAUAGUAGGCCAGGGGCCGGUAAAGAAGGAGCUGAUGAGGGAGAUAGUGGUGGUGGUGUUGGUGGUGAUGGUGGAGGAGGAGGAGGAAGAGGUGGUGGUCAAGGUGGUGGUGAUGAUGAUUAUGGAAAAAGAGGAAUAGGUGGUGGUGGAGGAGUAAGAGGAGGAGGUGACUGUGGUAGUGGUAAAGGAGAAGGUGCUAAUGAUGGUUGA